AUUCAGUGAAACGAGCAGCAAAGCUGAGGUGGACAGCUCCUCUCGUUUCUCUGACCAAGAUGACCAAAGUCAUCCCAGCAGCCACAGGAACUGCAAGGCAUCUGAGAAUUCUCCAUCACAGGCAAACUUCAUAGCACUUACCUCCAGCCAGGAUGCAAGUAUCCUCAGACCAACAUCGUUAUCGGGAUCCUGGAUAGCUUCUGUUCACUCAUACCACGGCACCACAGCAUUCCAAACUUCCUCAAAACCUGGGCAACUUUUGGACACCAAACCCACCAUUCAGCUGUCGAAGUCUCACACUGCUGUCAUGGAAACGGAUGACUGGGGUCAGGGUACAAGCAGCAAUGAGAGAGGCCUAGAGCUGCGGAGCCCCUCCCCAGAGUAUACACGGUCAUCACACCAGAGCCCCUCCCCUCAGAGACAAAGGCAUACUAUCUCUCAAAGCUCCCUGGAGUCCGAAUCCAGUCGCGCUUCCUCAGAGUCGGGUGUUGCAUGCAUGAAAAUGGAAGAUUAUGUUGUAAUGGCUGACAUCCCCAAAACCAAGAUCAUAUACCCGAGGGAAGCACUUUGGGAAAAGGGGAGGAGUCAAAGCCACAGUCCCAUCAGGCCAUAUAAGCAAAUUUGCCCAACGGAUGGCCAUCAGGAGUGGGGCAACUCGGUGGAACGAGGUAGAGGAAUGGAAAGAGGUAGGACUCGGCAGAAGAGGAAAGGCGGAGACAGUGAAAGAGUGCCUUGUGUCAGAUCCACUGCUUCACUCAGUGCUCAGGGUGACCACCGGGAGGAGACACUGACAGAGAGUGACACUGCCCGUCUGCAGAUGGUUCCAGUGGAAAACCGACCAAUGGAAAAGGCACGUUCGUCUGGGUUUGCCUACAAGUUCCACAAUAGUUACUGCAGAACCUGUGCACUUUAAGCAUGUGUCUGGGUGUCUGUUAAUUCUUUCUUCGCUGUUAUGUUUCCGUUACCUUCGUAUACAAUCUGUCUGGCCAUGAAUCUGCCUGUUAACUCUGAAAGGACUGAAUCUGGGUGUUUUUUAUUUAUUUAUUUUUUAUUUUUUUACGGUAAACGUUUAUCGUGGGUUGGGCUACAUGAUAGCCGUGUUCCUUAUUCGUAUGAUCCUUUUCUGUAAGCAUUCCUGCCGGUGCUGUCAGGGCUUGUACUCAGGAUUCCUGACACCAACUCACGUCUAAGAACAUGACAACUCGGGAAAUAAAAUUAAAAGCAGUGAGUGACUGCUUUACUAAGCAAAAGACUGGACUGAACUGAACAGCAAAAUACCACUCCUUAUCUUAUGUAUCUCAGUGUCUGCUGGGCUUGUGAUCAGUGUGCAUACAUGGAUUUACCUUCGCGCCGCCUUCUGCAUGUGCUGGAACGCCCUUUACUCUCCGUUUAUGGGCUUAAUAUCGCUACGUGCAAUAGCCCUUGGUUCACUGCGAGGGCCUGCCUACUUCACCAUGUGGAACCGCCCAGGAACUAGUCACUUGUCGGUGGCUGUAACUUCUCAGUAAUUAUGAUAUUGAAAAUAGAUGCAUUUUAAACCAACCCAUGAUUUUUUUAAAAUGCAUGUAAAAGUCAAGGAAAUCUAAAUGUAAACGUUAGAAGUUAGGCUGUUAUGUGGGCGCGACUCGCAGGGGCUAUCACUUUGCUAUAUUAAUUGAGAUGACAUAUGCUAAUCAAUCUACAAGCUGAAGCCUGCGUUUCUCUUCUCUUUCGCCCCUUGGAUCUGGGAUCCGGUGACAAACAUGACGCCUGAUCUCCUUAACUUCAAGAAGGGAUGGAUGUCGAAGCUAGAUGACGAUGGAGAGUGGCGGAAGCACUGGUUCGUGUUGACGGACGCCAGCCUGAGGUACUACAGGGAUGCCAGAGCAGAGGAGAAGGAAGAUCUGGACGGGGAGAUUGACCUGAGGUCCUGUGUGGAGGUGUCCGAGUUUGAUGUGGAGAAGAACUAUGGUUUUCAGAUCCAGACCCAGGGGGCUGCGUUCACCCUGUCUGCCAUGACAUCGGGGAUCAGGAGGAACUGGCUGGAGGUUCUGAGGAAGAACGUCCUUCCCAGCAGCUCGCCCGACAUCAUGCAGCUGUCAGACAGCAGGACUGACAAGAUCCACACGUCUUGUCCCCUUUUGCCUGGUCAGCUUCCCUCUCAGCACGGUCACAGGGACUCAGGCUCUGAGGUCAUGGCCCCCACCCCGCAUCAGCUAGACUACGUGGAGCUUGCACCGGUGAUGGACACACAAGCCCCCACAAAGCCCAUCAGCACGCCCGAGACCAGAGAGGGCCUGGACAGGGAACAGGCCCGAAGACUGGAAGACAGGGCCCGGUGGUUCCAGGCUGGGGUUCCUGCCAAGGAGCCGCCACCUGGCAGCAGUCUGUGGGAUGCUGUGCACCUGAAGAAGGGCACAGGCUCCGCCUCCAGCUUGGAAGAGACGCUUGAGAGGAAGUGGGUGGAGUUUGAAAGACUGCCCCUGCGAGAGAUGAGGUCGCUGCCCCCAGUUGGAUCCUGUGGUAGCCGGCCUGCCAAUGAAGUGCUGUUGAAGGAGGUGGCCUUGCUGAAGGCUCAGGUGGAGCAGCUACAGAAGGUGAGGUUUGCAAGAGAAGGUGGGAAGUGUGGUCUAGAGGCCCCCUGUGGCCGUAGCCUGGAGGCAAUGGAGAAAGCGCACGGGGGGGCCCUGGAGGAGCUACAGAGGCGGCAUGAACGGCAGGUGAGGGAGCUGGAAGUGGAGCGUGACCGGCUGCUUCGGGAAGAGGCCCAGGCCACGGUGCAGGCUAUGGAGGUGCUGAAGACGGCCCUGAGGGUGGAGCUGGAGGAGGAAGUGGCGAGAGCGAGGCGGCUGGGUGGAGGGACGGCCGAGUUGCAGGCCAUGCCGCAGACGCAGUCUGAGCGGCAGGCCCAGCAGAGGGAGCUGGACAGCCUGUCCGAGCGGUACUCUCAGAAGUGCCUGGAGCUGAGGAGGGCGGAGGAGAGACACAGGGAGAUGGAGAGAGAGGCGAGCCGAAAGGAGACGGAGCUGGAGCAGCUGAAGAAGGAGAAUCGGGAUCUGCAGUCUCAUAUGAUGAAGGAGAUAAGCCACUUGCGCUCAAGCUCUGAGUGUGAGGGCUCAGACCGCGUCCUGCAUGACGGCCACGAGUGCAGUUCCUGCGAGUUGGAGGUGCUGCUCCGAGUGAAGGAGAACGAGGUCCAGUAUCUGCAUAAGGAGAUCGGCUGCUUGAGGGACGAGCUGCUCUCCCUCAGCAAGGAAAAGCGCUUGGCGUACGAGCGGUGUAAGGAGGCCAAUGUGGAGCUGAACGCGGCCAAGAGCCGCAGCGAGCGGGAGCUUGAGGCCCUGCGUGAGCACCUGAGGCUGGCGAUGGCCGCCCUGCGGGAAGGCCAGGAGCUGGGGAACAGCAUGUCCCACUGAGACGUUGCAGCCAGGUUGGAGAGGGAGGCUGGUCGGCCCAACCCCCUUACCCAACUCCCCCUAGGAGAGAGAAGCUCUGUGGCCAUUGCCAUUCUGACAGUCAUGUUGGCUUGUCUUCAAAAAGCUUCAUUUUUAGGGGCUCCAACGUGCUCAACGCUGCCCAAUGCCGGUCAACCCAAUAGGUAACAUAGAGGGCGCUGGUUUAGCUAGCCAACUUCACUCUGUCUCGUACAGAGGGGGCUGCACUGGCAGUGAAGCUAUUCUAGAGUGCCACGUUGGCUUUGGCCGGCACUGACACUGCCUGUGGUGACACGGAGAUUGGCAGGAAGAGGAAGAUACCAGGACACGUGAUUCUGCAGCGAGGGAACGAGUUUCCUCCCCAAAGUACUGGCUCACUCUUUUGCAUUUCCUGUUGCACAUUUCAGAACUGGGCAGUAUCUUUUCAGAGGGACAAUAGAAGAACUUAAAUGCUAUACCACUGUAGUUGUGGCAAAAUACUGGAGUAUAAGGUCUAUUUAAACAAUUAUCACCCCAUUUCUCCCUUGGUACCCAAGGGCCCUAUGAAUGUGGAUAAAAAAAGAAUGGUGGUUUUCACUUACAUUUUCUCAUACUUCCUUUGAAAUCUUGCAUUUUCUUCUGUACUUCUACUUUUCACCUUCCCUUGUUUUGCAGUGUCUGCAGGCUAUUUUUCUAGAAUUUUUUUUCAGACUUCUUUAAGCAUGUAUGAAUGUCACUGACUGGGUCAUGGGCCAAAGUUGAUUAAAUCAGAUGGCUGUCCACAGAGUUGCAGUGUUCAGAAUUUCUGAGAUUGCUGUAUGUAAAAAUUCACAAAAACUACAAAUCCCCACUCUUGGGACUCCUUGGGCCAAACAGAGAAACACCCGCAAAUGUUUUAUGCUUGUUUAUACUACAUUUUGAAUCUGUACAUUGACAUGCACCAAUGUUAAUUUUGCUCAAACACUCUGUCAGGAGGAUCUAACUUUGAAAAACCUGGAAAAUGCUUUUGUUUGAACACUCAUUUUUCAUGGUGCUGCAAUAUUUUUGUGUUUGGGAGUCAAUGGGUCAGCGUUUCACCACUUGAGAAUCAGAUUUUGUAGCAAAUACUGGAUUAUCUUCUGUUUAUGAUGCAGGCUGUGAAAAUGUUACCAUUUUAACUUCUAAAGAGCCACUUGUCACAAGAUUAAGAAACUAAUUAAAGUGUUUUAAAUCAUUUUAAUGACAAUUUGACAUCAGACCUGUUUUUUUCAACGUUUUAUUUUUCAACUGAGUUUUACUUUCUUGUGACCAAUAAUAUAUUAAGUUUUUUUUAUAUUCAAUAAACUGGUGAAUCAUUUUUGCCACAUGUUCAGUACGUUACAGUUGCUAUAUUUUGACACACCAAUACAACAAAUGUUAAUAAACACUGAUGAUACUGCAUUACUUUCUGUUCUUCUGUUAAUAAAUGUGAGGUGUGAAUUCU